UAUAUAUAUAUAUAUAUAAUAUGCACAAUAGAUGGAGAGAACAUGUAAGUUAUACAACAAGGAUAAACUAAGAGAAAAUUCAAACUCUACUCCCCAAUCUUCUACAAAAAAUGAUAAAAACUCCUGGACCACCUCUAAUUGACUGUUGUACAGUAUUUUGAAUGAGAGGGAUAAAAAGCUUAUACUGAAGCUUCCUCUGAGAUCAUGUGGGAGGGGUGAUGGUUAGUACUGGAGUAGGGAAACAACCGGUAUAUAUUCUGUUAAAAUUGCAUACGGGUUUCUAACCUCUGUGCCUCUUGCGCCAGAUUUGAUUGAAAUGAAGGCUUUUUGGGGUUUGCUAUAAGAUUAAAAAUCUGAUAUGGAGAGUGGGACUUAGCAGUUUAGCUGUCAAAUCUCUUUUGCUUGCUCCCGGUAUUGAAGUCAAAUCUCUUUUGCUUGCUCCCGCUAUUGAAGUUGAUUCUCUUUGCCCUGCAUGUGGUGCUAUAACUGAAGACUAGGUUCAUGUGUUUGUGGACUGUGUAUUCGCAAGGGAGUGUCAGAGUAGGACUGUCACAAGUACAUUGUCACAGUGCAGUGCAAUCCCGUGGGCGCAGAGGAUAACAAUUGUAGUACUCCUGGUAGAGUGCAUUUUCUGAAAAUGAACUUGUAUUCUCACUUUUACGAUCACUUUUACGAUCGAACUUGUAUUCUCAAUUUUAUAAAUAUUGAGAUCUCUUACAAUCUAACUAAUAAGUUGUUUAUUUUUCCUUUUAACAUAUUUGUGAACACUCAGACGAGUAUAGUGGAGAAGGAGAAUAACCUGCAUAAUUGUUUAAGUGACAAUAGUAAUUCUGAAGUGCAGGCAAAUAGUUAUGGCUUAAAAUUACAAAAUUUAAAAUUUUAGGAUCCAACCGAGGGAAGUUUGAGGUACCAGAACCUUAAUGACCAUAUGUCAGAAUUCCAUUUCCUUGUGAAUUAGUCAACCAAACAUAUUAAUCCGUGCACAGGCCUGACUAGCAAUUACAUAAUAGACGGGCUUGAUUCCCUUUCUGCAAUGGUAAAAAGAUAUCAUAGGUAUCAACAGUUCUCAGUGACAUAACUUUGAGUAAGUAUUAAAAAUGGCUUAAAAUAAUUAAUUAAAACAAAAAGAUUAUUAGUCAAAAAUGCCGACUUCUGUUGUCACUAUUAACAUGAAUGGAUCUAAAUCCGCAAGACGGCAGCAACCUUUAGAAAACAAGAAAAUACAUUUGUCGAAAGCCUAUGUCUUGUGUUAACAGAAUAAUUUGAUGCCGGCAACAAAAAUGACAUUGAUAACCAUGAAGAAAACAAUAAAAGGGAUGGUAUACCAUAAUGCACCAUAAACCAUAUAGCAGUUAACCCCUUUUGGGUUCAUCAGAAAUUCUUAAACAGAGGCUUCCAGGUUUAAAUUCUUGACUACUAGCCAAAUAUACAACAUAUUAGUACGCACCAUUACCCUCUACAACACAAAAUUACUUCCUGUAACUACCCUAUUUAUACGAAAUUAACAAUGGAAAGCAACUCUGCAGUCAUUCAAUACCAUGUCAUCAUCAACAGCCCCAGAACAUCAACUGGUAGCGUAAGAUAUGCACAAGAAAUCGGAAUAGAACUCAGCAAGCAAACACUAACAAAUGCUACGGAUUUCAUAUGGACACUCUUGCAAUUAAACAAAGAAACAGAGAGAAAAGGUGUGCAAGACAUCAGCUUGAUCAUUGAAGACAUGGAAGGAGUUGCAUAUACAGAUGACAAUGAAAUUCAUUUUAGCACAAAAUAUGUAGCAAAUUAUUCCGAGGACUUGAAAAGUGAAGUUAUCGGAAUUCUUUACCAUGAGAUGACACACAUAUGGCAAUGGAAUGGUAAUGGAAAAACUCCAGGAGGAUUAAUUGAAGGGAUAGCUGAUCUUGUAAGGUUAAAGGCUAAUUAUGCACCUAGUCACUGGGUGCAGCCAGGGCAGGGCGAGAGGUGGGAUCAAGGGUAUGAUGUUACGUCUAGGUUUUUGGAUUACUGUAAUGAUCUUAGAGAUGGUUUUGUGGCUGACCUUAACAAGAAAAUGAGGAGUGAUUAUAAGGUUGAGUACUUUGUUGAGCUACUAGGGAAGCCUGUUCAUCAGCUUUGGAAUGAAUACAAGGCCAAGCAUACAGCAAGGUAGAGGUAUUGGCUACUAGCUGCAGAAAAUGUAUGCUGAGAAUAUAUUUUUCGUAAGUAAAUUCUGGUGAUUAUUAUAAUUAAAUACCUUAAUUAUAAUUGUUUAAAUUUGCAAAUCAAUUUGAGAUACGUUAAUCAGACUAUCAAGGCAAUGACCCU